UUUGUGUCAUUUGUCGUACCUUUACAACAUGGUUUGGUCCACGUUAGUAUUGAGUCUCGCCUUAUUUCUGUGUAGUAGUGCAGCACUAGAGAAUGAGUAUCUAGGAAAAGCAAACCAUACUGUCAGACUUGUUCACAUGUUAUAUCGUCAUGGUGAUAGGACUCCAGUCCGACCAUAUCCUAAGGACCCCUAUCUCAACUUAACAAAUUGGCCUGUAUCAUGGGGACAGCUGACCAAAGAAGGCAAAGAUAGGCAUUUUAAACUGGGACAGUUGAACCGGGAACGCUAUGAAGGCUUUCUUUCAGAGUCAUAUGAUCCUGAUGAAAUAUACGUCAGGUCCAGCGAUGUUGACAGGACCUUGAUGAGUGCACAAUGUCAUUUGGCUGGAUUAUAUCCACCCACCAAUCAGACCAAUCAAACUUGGAACCCUGAUCUAAUCUGGCAACCUAUUCCAGUUCACACUAUUCCCAAAGAUGAUGAUCUCCUACUGGUAUUGGAGUCGAAAUGCCCUCGAUAUGACGAGCUUCUCGCUGAUCUCAACGCGUCGCCAGAGGUUCGCCAGCGCCUAGAUAGCAACAAAGAAUUGCUGGAUUAUUUAGCCGAGAACAGUGGCCUAAAUAUAACAGAAAUUGACGACGUUGAAUAUCUUUACGACACGCUCUUUAUCGAAAAUCGAUUCAACAAAUCGCUACCUGAAUGGGCAAAAAAAUUCUUUCCCAAUCCAAUGAAGGAGUUUUCUGAUUUCAGUUUUGCCAUGAAAGCUUUCACUUUGGAAAUGCAGCGUCUUCGUGGAGGUAAAAGCGUCCCGUGUUCCUUCUGCCAUUUGUUCUUUUUCGCCUCCUGGUUUCUUGAAGAUAAAUUGAUUAUGUCGACAGGUCCUUUGGUGAAGGAGUUGGUGGAACACCUAAAAGAUUACGCCCAAUCGAAGUUGACCCCUCCCAACAGGAAGUUGUUCAUGUAUUCGGCUCAUGACGUCACCGUGGCCACUUUCCUGUCCGCCCUCAAGAUCUUUAACGGCAUCCAGCCACCGUAUGCAUCCAUGGUUCUGGUGGAGCUACAUGAACUCAAUCCCAACGACUUGUCAAUCAAGAUUUUGUACAAAAAUGUUUCGGAUGACGGUCGUAAGCCUCAAGUCCUUACACUGCCUGGUUGCACGCAAUUCUGUCCAUUAGACAAGUUUUUCGAGCUUGUCAAGGACGUCACGAGCGAUGACGUUAAAGUUGAGUGCAAAUUGAUCAAGCCUGCUUCUAAUUUCGACGCCAUGCUAGUCAUUAGCCUUCUGGCUUCACUAAGCUGCCUGUUGCUGGUAGCCUUGUUGCUGGUUAGCGGGCUGUGGUACCGCAAAAUGAGACUAGAAAAUGGCUACGCCUACAGUACCAUUCAAGCGGAAUAAAGUGCCAUACACACACGCAUAAAAAGAAUGAUAAUAUUUUCUUGUUUUACCUUUUCAUUUGGUUUUUCCUUUCCCGUGGUGACAGUGGGUAUUUCGAUAAGGAUCUGUUUUCGAGUUUCGCGUAGUGAAACGAAAACAUCUGUACCUCUGACCGUAUUCCUCUCUCAGUUGUCAAUAAAGAAAAACAAAAUUUCUCAAAAUAA